UUAAGGAUAAGAUCUGAUUCUGUUCUUUGUGGGGGUUCUUCAAGGAUGCGGCCACCUUUUUACCUCCCAGACCUAAAUACGCCCGCCCGCCCUGUAUACACAUGCCGAAAUCCAUCUUCGCAGCACCAACAAUAUGGAGUCCUUACCUGAGAAUGUCAUCGUCGUCGAUAGUUCUUCUGCGACCCAAUCAUAUUCAUGUGUGAGCGCAGAAAGCGUGAACUCGAAUUGGAAGCUUAGUUUGAAGGGCACUGAGUGGGCAGACAUGCCAGUUGUGCCCCGAACCCAAGAAGCCAUUGUUACCCCCGAGAUAAAGGAAGAUCUUAACAUGAGCCUUCAAACAAUCGAUGUCCGCGCGCCAGCGUCCGGAGAAGCUGUUCUUCGCAUACUAUACUCGGGAAUCUGCCGCAGUGUAAGUUCAACCAAAUGGUUAGACCUCGAGAAUAUAUCCCCUUUCCCCGUCGGGGCUUGCUUUGGUGUGGAAUCUCCCCGGCCAGAACACAAAAAUGACAGAUCAUUCGCUUAGGAUAUAACCUUUUCCAUAAGUCCUAAAUGGCCCAAAUCAGAACACAACCAUAUUGCGG